AUGUCAGCACUCGCAAUGGACUCAAUUGACUCGCUACACGCGCAGAUGGAGCGCCACACGCGCGAAAUCGAAGACUGGUGGUCGCAGCCGCGCUGGAACAAUACCAAGCGCAUCUACAGCGCGCGGGAAAUCGCUGCCCGGCGCGGAUCCUUGCCGCCCGAGAAAAACAACGUCUCGUCGGUCAUGGCACGCAAGCUGUACCAGCUGCUAGCGGUCCACCACGAACGCAAAACCGUCAGCAAGACUUUCGGAGCUUUGGACCCGGUCCACGUUACCCAGAUGGCGCCCUAUUUGGACUCGGUCUACGUUUCCGGCUGGCAAUGCUCCUCCACUGCCUCCACCAGCAACGAGCCCGGUCCGGAUUUGGCAGACUACCCGAUGGACACCGUUCCGAACAAAGUGGACCACCUGUUCAAAGCGCAAUGUUUCCACGACCGCAAGCAGUACGAGGAGCGCGCUCGUUGCCAAUCCCAACAGGAACUCGACAAUUUGGGACCCGCCAUCGACUAUCUCAGACCCAUUGUAGCCGACGCGGACGCUGGUCACGGCGGUAUCACCGCCGUGUUCAAGCUCACCAAGAUGUUUAUCGAGCGCGGCGCCGCCGGCAUCCAUAUGGAAGACCAAACCUCCACCAACAAGAAAUGUGGGCACAUGGCCGGGCGGUGUGUGAUCCCGGUGCAAGAACAUAUCAAUAGGCUGGUCACUGUGCGCAUGUGUGCCGAUAUUAUGCAUUCGGACCUUGUCUUGGUGGCACGUACCGAUUCCGAGGAAGCCACGUUAAUCAGCUCCACAAUUGACCCCAGAGACCAUUAUUUCAUUGUUGGUGCCACGAACCCAGAUCUUAUAAACUCUCUGUCCGAAACUUUAGACGCAGCUGUCUUGCAAGGACACGAGGGUAAAGAACUGGAGAAUUUGGAGUCUCGCUGGUGCAAGAAAGCAGGUCUCAAAUUGUUCCACGAAGCUUUCGCAGAUGCCGCGCGUGAACAAGAUCCUUCCAACUGUGAACAAAUUAUUAAAAGUUUCAACAAAAAAGUUGGCCCUCUUUCGGGAGUCUCGGUGCGUCAAAUGCAAGCUAUUGCCCACAAGCUCUUGGGAAGCACCAUUUUCUUUGAUUGGGAAUUACCGCGUGUAAGAGAAGGCUUGUACCGCUACAAAGGCGGCACCCAAAGCAGUAUCAUGAGAGCCAGGGCCUUUGCACCCUUUGCGGAUUUGGUCUGGAUGGAAAGCAAUUCCCCCGAUUACGAGCAAGCCAAAACGUUUGCCGAGGGCGUCAAGGCCAAAUACCCAGAUCAAUGGCUCGCAUACAAUCUAUCACCGUCUUUCAAUUGGAACAAAGCCAUGGAUGCAGAUAACCUGGCCACUUUUAUCGACAGGCUCGGCAAGCUCGGCUACAGCUGGCAGUUCAUCACUCUCGCAGGGCUUCACACCAGCGCCUUAGCAGUGCAUGCGUUUGCCAAAGAUUUUGCGCGUCGCGGCAUGUUAUCCUACGCAGAAACGGUACAGCAAGAAGAAAUCAAUCAACGCGUUGAUAUUGUGAAGCACCAGAAAUGGUCUGGUGCUGAGUAUAUUGAUAGUCUGCUGAAACUCGCCCAGGGUGGAGUUAGUGCUACGGCGGCGAUGGGUAUGGGAGUGACGGAGGAACAAUUCCGCGAGAACGGCAAGCUAUAG